AACCGGGCAAUCGCGUAGUCAUUUGCUCAGUUUCUUUUGCUCGAUUGUCGCGUGUGUAGCUUUGACAUGUGAAUAUAUGAAAAGUGCAACGGAAAAAAUAUUACUUGUUUGUACUGAGUAAAAAACUGUUGCGGUAAAAGAGGAAAUUAAUUAAAUAACAGUAUUAAUAAGCGUGUAAUUAAAUUUAAUUGCUAUCAGCGGUAGCUUCCAACAUUGUAAUAAGAAGAACAAAUACGUCAAACAAAAAAUGAGUGGCCGUGACGACUUCUUUUCCAAAGAGGCUUCACUCAUCAACCGCUCCAAGCGGGAGCUGGCGGACGGACGUGAAAAGGAUCCAAUCUACAAAUUGCGUUUGCAAUGCUUCAGUCGUGGCGCAACCGGUAUACUCGGAUUAGCCAGAACCUUCCGGAAUAUGGAUGACGAUGGCAGCAAAGCGUUGAAUUUCGAAGAAUUCAGUAAGGGAAUCAAAGAAACUGGUUUAGAAUGCACGGACAGUGAAAUAAAGGAUAUGUUUGACAAAUUUGAUGAAGAUAACAACGGCUCGAUUAAUAUGACGGAGUUUUUGCUGAAAUUGCGGCCACCAAUGCCGCAGUCACGCUUGGAUAUCAUCGACAAGGCAUUUAAAAAGAUCGAUCGCACCGGUGACGGUCAAAUCACCAUUGAAGAUUUGAAGAACGUCUACUCCGUGAAGGACCAUCCCAAAUAUUUGAGCGGUGAAAUGACCGAGAACGAGAUCCUCACACAAUUCCUCAACAACUUCGAGGGCGGACGUGGCAACUGUGAUGGCAAAGUGUCGAAGGAGGAAUUUGUCAAUUAUUAUGCAACAAUUAGCGCUUCAAUUGAUAAUGAUGCCUACUUCGAUUUGGUGAUGCGACGCGCUUAUAAACUGUAAAUGUAAUCCAACCUAAGAGUAACAAAAAAGCGCUGCCAUAAUCAUAAAUGCAUGGCUUGUUGCAAGCACAACAAAAACGUCAACGUAACAACUGACAGCAGCUGGCAUUUUUAAAGCUUAUAACAACAACAACAAUUUACUAAAUAAUAAAAACAAA